AACCUGACUCAGUCAACAGAGAAAACUCAAUGGAGAAUCCAAGGAAUCGUAGUCACUGUGGAGGUGGUGAAGAUGGGGAAAACAGGCAAUCCAUCAAUGACAGUUUGGACACUGACCAAUUUCUUAGUGGCCUUCUCCGGAAUAGUAGCUCCAUAGAUCGAAGCAGAGGACAAAAUCUCACCGAAAUCAACCAGCCGGCAGCCGGAGCAGAGCAGGUGGGGCAACAACAAUCAGAUCAACGUCAUCCUGCAGAUCUAUCAUCUGCAGAUUCUCAUCAUUCAAAAAGAAAUAUUCCUGAAGAUAGUGUUGCAGACCCGCGUGCCAGAAAAAGAGCAUACGAUAAAGCGUAUAGGGAGAGACUUAAGGAAAGCCAAGAGCGAACGAAGUCCAAACUGGAGACAGUUGAGCGUGAAAAUGAGAAUCUUUUAAAGGAAAAUGAAUCUCUAAAAAGGGAAAAUGAAACGCUAUCAAAGGAACUUAACAAAUUGAAGAAGAAGCACAAGAAACAACAUGAAAAUGAACAACAAAUCAUGUCCAAUCCGAAAACACUUGAGGCUCUAAAAACUGAAAAUGAAGCUCUAUCAAAGAAACUUGAUGAACUGAAGAAGAAGUACCAGAAGCAACAGGAAAAUGAACAAGAAAUGAAGUUCAAUUUGGAGACACUUGAGAUUGAAAAUAGCAAAUUGAAGGAAAAGUACAAGAAGCAACGCGAAAGUAAACGGCAACUAAGAUCCAGGCUCAAGAAAGUGGAAGCCGAAAAAGAGAGAUUAAUGGAUCGAAUUUUUGAAUCCCACGAUAUGUGGGUCCAUCGCAGGUCCGAAACUCAGUCAAACGAUCUGGCCCAAAUUAGAAGUAAAUUGGACAAUUUAGAAAAAGAACUUGUCUCAACGAAAGCAAGCAGUUACAGGGCGAGCUUAGCUGGAAGCAACAUCAACUUCAUCGGAGGUUUUGAGCAAGAUUUUCCGAACGUGGAAACAGAUGGUUCUAGGCGGAGCAGUCAAACAACAACGACGGCCACGCUUCCCUCAUCCCCGGCCUUUCUCAGUGGCGCCACUAGUCCAGCAACAGGGUCGCCUCCGUCAUCCUGCAGAUUUGAAUAUUGGAACGGGGAGCAGUCUGUGCCGGCGUUCAAGGAGUUCAAAUUGGCGGAGCUAAGAGCGGCCACCAAUGAGUUCAGCAGCGACCUCAUUGUGUCCAAUUUGGGAGAGAAGGCUCCCAACAAGGUGUACAGAGGGAAGCUGAAAAACAACCGUCUUGUCGCCAUCAAGCGGUUCUCCAAGCUCUCCUGGCCCGACCGCAAACAGUUUCUGAAGGAGGCCGCUGAAGUUGGGAAAAUCCAGCACAAGAGAUUGGUCAAUUUGAUCGGUUGUUGCGCCGAGGGAGACGAGCGAUUGUUAGUCGCCGAGUAUAUGCCUAAUGAUAACCUCUCCAAGCAUCUGUUUCACUGGGAAGAGAAGCCAUUGCCAUGGGAAAUGCGUGUCAGGGUUGCAUACUAUAUUGCACAAGCACUUGAUCAUUGCAAUACACAGAACCGCAAAAUUUAUCAUGAUUUACAUGCAGACAGAGUUCUUUUCGAUGAGGAUGGCAACCCUCAAUUGUCUAGUUUUGGAUUAAUGAAGAACAGCAGAGAUGGAAAAAGAUAUGGUGCUUAUUUCGCUUAUACUCCACCAGAGGUUUUGCAGACAGGUAGGGUUAUCCCGGAGAGUGUGAUUUACAGUUAUGGAACUGUUCUUCUGGACCUUCUAAGUGGACAGCAUAUCCCUCCUGACCAAGCAAUGGAUUUGAUAAAGGGAAAGAAUCUGUCGUUGUUAAUGGAUUCAUCCUUAGAAGGACAAUAUGCCAAUGGAGAUGCCUCUGAGUUGGUUGAACUGGCUUCAAAAUGUCUUCAGAAUGAAUCUAGAGAUCGACCAGAUAUCAAGUUUCUCUUGUCCACUGUGGCACCCCUUCAGAAGCAGAAAGAAGUUGCAUCACGUGUUCUGAUGGGUCUCUACACAGCUCCAGUGUUGCUGCCUACUAAGCUUUCUCCAUUGGGUGAGGCAUGCGCAAAGAAGGAUCUUACUGCAGCACAUGAUAUCUUGCUAAAAAAUGGUUAUAGAGAAGAAGAAGAGCGUUUAGCAAAUGAGCUUUCAUUCGAAGAUUGGACACAAGACUCUCAAGAAAUAUUGGAAACAAGGAAAUGUGGAAAUACUGCUUUUAGAGACAAGGAUUUUCAGAAUGCCAUUGAUUAUUACUCGAAGGUGGUGGCAAUGAUGUCGAAACCUUGUGGUACUGUACUUGUGAGACGGGCCUUUUCAUACUUGAUGAUCGGUCAAUCAGAACUGGCGUUGGGGGAUGCCACGAAAGCUCAGUUGUGCUUGCCCGACUGGCCUACUGCACACUACAUGCAAGCUCUUGCCCUUUCAAAGCUCGGAAUGGAAACUGAUGCACAGGACUCUCUGAACGAGGGUGCCUUCUUUGAGGCAAAGAGGUAGAAGCAGCUGGCUCCUCAAGAUGAUUAUUUACUAUUAGGCAUUAAAAAUUUCUUUGGAUGGAUAUGUAGAUCACUUGCCUAUUUCUACCAUGUACUGCUCAGACAUUGGAGGAAAUAAAUAGAAGUAAAUGUU